AUGUCGAAUUAUGAUGAGCCCACCUGGGUCAACCCAGCAACAAAUGACGCUCCAGCAACCACAGAGGAAGCUGAUACAGGAGGACAUGUCACGGCUCCCCCAACGCCAAUUGAGGAUUACAAGAGGGAAUCCAAAAAGAGUCUCCCCCUUAUGGUGAUGAGCAUUUUGAACAUUGGAUCAGCCGCCAUGAUGGCAGCUUUGGGAGUUCUCACCCUGGUUGAAGUCAACAAAUCGGGCAGUGUCAAUAAUCUCAGCGAGCCAUUUCUAGCUUCCUACAUGUGCAUGUUUGCCCUCUUGUUGGGAUUAUACGAAUUAAUGUGGUGGAUGCCGACUCCCAAUAUCAACCGGGUCAUUCGCAAGAACUUUGGCUUUCUAUAUGGCCUUUUAGGAAAAGGGUUCUAUCUAAUCUUUGUGGCUUGUUUGUGCGUUGGAUUGGGAACAGAUGCCCGCAUUAAAGUGUUGAAUUACAGUACUGGUGGAUGUUGGAUUGCCAUGGGACUGGUUCAUGUAUUCAUCGUUUGUUUCCGGCCCGAACUGGCUGUUCAAUAUCAUGCACCCACUGCCGGUCUAUCUUCACCGAGCGAUCAAUUAACCAAUGUAGUAUAG